CUGGCCUUGAAAAAAAUGUCAGACGUUAGUCGUUUUGUUAAUGUAAUAAUAGAAGAUCAAGACCGCGCGUCGUACUUUACCGGCGUUGCUCUAUGUGCCCGGCAUCCUGACUUGGUGGGAUUUGGUAGAUGAGACGGCUAGAGUGGUUUUUACCUCCUUAUUGCAUGGUCUCGACCGAUCGGUAUACAUGCUCGUGUUGAUGACCGCCCAGUGUCGACACGUUAAUUUGCCGUCGGAGAUUGCUGAAUUGUACGACGAUAAUCGCGGCGAGAUAUAUGAAGUGAAAUCGCCAUCGCCGCAAAAACGACGUUCCUUUUUCAAGCAAUUGUUUAAUGGAAAAUCCGAUAAUCUUUCCGAUCGCUCUUCGCAAGUGGAUCUGGUGCCAAUAUCAUAUCCAAAGAAGUUGAAGAGCGAAAAUAGAAGGCUGAGAAGCCACGUACACUCCGCCGAUUCCAAUGGAUUAUUAGGGACGAAUAUCAAAAGAGAGUACAACGCGUCCGGCGAGGGUCCGCCAUUUAAACGGCAAAGAGUAAUAUCCGGUGCCUCCUCGGUUCCGUCCAGCACCGAGAAACUUUUUCAUUCGCAAAUCGAGGACCUGAUCGAAACGAUUGUUAAAUCGACUGACGAGUGGCCGAGUCAUCUAUUGGAGAGCCUGUUCUCCUCUCUCGAACUCACCGUGGAGAGUAAUGGAGACCCGUGCGCAACGGUGAACGAAUACGUUGUGCGUUACGAGGAACUGAAACGAGUCAAAAUGCGGGCGAAACAAGAAGACUGAGCGUUAAUGUUAAAACGUGAGACGUUCCUUCGCUUGUGAAUUGUCAAUGUGAUGUCCGAAUUUGUAAAAUGUAACAUAACAGAGCGCAAAUUCGUGAAAUGUAAUUAAUUGUGAUGUGAUAAACAACAUGGUACAUCUU